GGAAACAUUUCUACGUCAGCACGUGUGUAGGCUUGUAUGUAGCUUCAGCCCAGCUCGGGUCAGUACGUGAGUCUUUGCAUGCUCGCCGUUUGAGGGAUCAAAAACGCGGUGGGAGGAAGUUUAUUUUCGCCUUUUGUCUCGUGCACAUAUGUUUUCAAACUAGGAUCUAUCGAGCGAUGAGGACUCUCAUCCGCAGCUAUCGUAGCGAAGACGUAGGAGGAGGGCUGGGCUUCAUUUUGUUGUCGAUCUGAACCUGUUUAAACUGUGCAAAAGUUACCAAAAUAUAAACACAAAGCUACUUUUUGUGACACAGAUGCAACACAAAGCGGAUUUGUGAUUUAAAGAAACAUGAUUUUCAGGAAAAUUCAACCAGGAACUUGCAGGGCAUGGCUGUCUCGGGUUUCGUUGAGGCAGGAGCCGUGUUUAUUCUCCUCCGUUCCCCCCCAGCCGGUGCCCCCGCUGGCCCACACCUUGCAGGGAUACCUGAGAGCCCUGGAGCCCCUGCUGCCCCCCGAGGAGAUCAGGCACACCCGCAGGAUGGUGCAGGAGUUCGGCAGGCCCGGUGGACUGGGUGCGCGGCUGCAGGAUGGGCUGGAGAGGAGAGCUAGACACACCAAGAACUGGAUCACAGACUGGUGGGUGCAGUGGGCGUACUUGGAGAGCAGGCAGCCUCUGCCCGUGCACUCGAACCCGGCCAUCUCUCUGCCCAGGAGAGAUUAUAACGACUGGAGGAGCCAGCUAGUGUUUGCCUCCAAACUGAUCGCAGCAGUUCUGGACUUCAAAGCCAAAAUAAAGACCGGCCAGCUACCAGUCGAGUACAUGCGAGGGAAGCCUCUGUGCAUGGAGCUCUACCCGCUCCUCUUCUCCUCCUGUAGGAUCCCCGGCCCCAAACACGACUACAUCGCCCACUACGGCCGCUCCCGACGCUCGCCGACACACAUCACGGUCGUCAGGAACUACCAGUUCUUCCAGCUGGAGGUUUACAACAGCGACGGCUCUCGGAUGACGGAGAGUCAGAUCCACAGUCAGCUGCUGAGGAUCAGGUCUCAGUCCUGGAAGACUGACAAGGAGCCAAUGGGCAUCCUGACCAGCGAGCACCGCCACACCUGGGGAGAGGCCUACAACCGCCUGCUGAGAGAUAAACUAAACAAGGAAUCAGUGCGGCUGAUAGAGACAGGACUUUUCUCCUUGUGUCUGGAUUCUCCAGUGAUGAGGAUAUCAGAUGAGAAGUACGCGAGCCGUAAAGCAGCUCAGAUCCUGCAUGGAGGCGGGACGUUCUCCAACAGCGGCAACCGCUGGUUUGACAAAACGCUGCAGUUUGUGGUGGGUGAGGACGGAUCCUGGGGUCUUCUGUACGAACAAGCCACAGCUGAGGGUCCGCCCAUAGCUACACUGCUGCAUCAUAUCUUGGAGUACUGUGAGAAACCAGAUCCAAAGAGAGCGCCGCUGGUCCCUCUGCCGAUGCCCAAGAAGCUUUACUUUCACAUAGACCGAGAAAUCAAGAGAGACAUCGAGCAUGCCAAGCAGAACCUCGACAUAUUGAUCAACGACCUCGACGUCAACGUGUUCAACUUCAAGAGGUUUGGAAAAGAGCUUCCCAAGAAACACAACCUGAGUCCAAACUCCUUCAUCCAGGUCGCCCUGCAGCUCGCCUACUACAGAGUUCAUAAUGAGGUCUGUCCGUCCUGUGACAUCGCCUCACAGAGGAUGUUUCGAGGAGGAAGGACAGAAUUUAUUCGCUCGCCAACAAAUCAGACGCUCAAGUUCAUACUGGCGUUUGACGAUCCAGCUGUGUCGCGGGAAGCAAAACUCCAGCUGUUCAGAGAAGCUGUUGAUGCGUACACAGCUCUGACUGAUCUGGCCAUUAAAGGACAUGGCAUCGACCGGCACCUGCUGGGGCUCAAGCUGCAGGCCAUCGAGGAAGGACUGAGCAUUCCCAAAAUCUUCAUGGACACGGCGUACGGGCUGGCGACGCACUGGAAACUCCGCACAGGGCAGGUGCCCGCGAACACAGACAGUGUGAUGUGUUUCGGGCCUCUCGUUCCCGAUGGUUACGCCAUUUGUUACAACCCCCAGGCCGACCACGUCCACUUCUCCAUCACAGCCUUCAACUGCUGCGAGGAGACUCACGCAGAAACACUAGCCCACACUCUGAAGGACACCUUGUGUCAGCUACAGGAGCUACUGCAGCCUACUGUGUAGAGCUGCUGCCACUCGUUUGCACCAGGGGAAAAAAACACUUUAUAUUCUUUCAUUCUGAAGUCUCGACGAGGCUCGUUUUUGACAUGAUGGAUGUUUUCUCAUGUAUGCCACAGUGUUUCUGAGGUGCUAUUGAUGCUUUUUUAAACUUUUGAUGAAUCAAUGAAUCUUUUUUCUAGCAAGAGCUGAGUAAGUAGGCUGCAUUGUAGUCGCUACAGCGGAUGCACUCAUCUUGUCUCGUCUCGUUUCGUAUCAAGUCUCUGUGUGGAAGCAAAAACCAAAGCUGAAGCCAACCUGACACUCCAGCUUUAAUCAGAAAAAGCCAAAGCAGCGUGUGUGGUGAAACUGACUGCACUGUAUCACUACAGAAAAUACAGAUGUUUAAUGUGUUGCACUGCCGUCAUAAAAUGUUCAUGAAUCCCUCUGAUUCUGUUGGUCAACCAGUCUGUUUGAUAAGGACCAAAAGCCAGAAAGCUGGUUGUUAUUGGUGACGGUACAGAGACACGACAGGUGCUUUUUGUUUCCCUCCUCUCUGAGCUUGAAUGACCUGAUCUCCUGGUUUUGAUCCCCUCGUCAGUCUGGGCGUGUUCUUCUGCUCUCAGCCUGCAGGACUGGUUAAUAAAGCUUUUUAUCACAUGGUA